AUGGGAGAUCCUUAUCCAUCCUUAGGAAUUCUUAGUCUGGAGUACCCGUCGACUGGUAGUUUACCAAGCUUGGAAAAAAUGGAAUCUUCUCAAAUCUUCGACAAAUUUUAUGCUAAAGAUCUGGAUCCUCCAUCACAAGUUUCAAGACCAACUUUUGACUUGGGUUUAGGACCAAGUGAUCAAAAUGGAGAAGAGGUGCAGCAGCCUGCAAUUGAUCUAGCCUCUGCAAUUGUUUUAGCUGCAGCUGAAAAAGCUCGUUUGAAAGCUGAUCUUCAGCAACCUGAACAAGAAGGAAUAAGGAAACCUUGGGAUCCCAUUCCAUUCAAUGAAGUAGAAAGGAAGAAGAAAAUGAAGAAUGACAGAAAGCAACAGCCUACUAAAAAAUUAGAGAGUCUUAAGUAUCCAGUUUUAGAUGCUGAAAAGGCAGAGGAAGCUCGACUGAAGAAGAAUAUGAGCGCCGAAAAAGCUAAAGCAUAUGCUGAGACUCUCCAACUUCUUUCUGAGCUACAGAAGGAUAACGAACCUGGAGUUAGUCAAACAUCAGAGGAAGAUGACGUAACACUUGCCAAGAGACUCGAAGAUAGGCUGGCUACAAAGAGUAAUGAAGUCAAACCAAUAGCGAAGUCGACCACAGUCAUGGACAAGGAGAAGAAAAAGCCGACUAUCUCAGCCAAGGAGAAGAAACUUACUCCAAAAAUCACAUACACCCCUCAGAAGCCAGUAACUCGGAGCCACCCGCAGAAAAGAGUUGAUCCUGAGUUUGCUAGUGGCAAAGGACUGUCGGGACAUAAAAGGCGAAAAACAAAGUCCAGAACUGAAAACCCAGUUGGAAAAGAUUGCCCAACAGAGAAAGUUCAGAAAAAGGAUAGCGAGAAUGUGAGAAAGAGAAAAGCUAAAGGUGAUCCAAAUCUGCAAGAACUUACUAAAAAAGUGAAGAAUGCACGCAAGUUGUUGAGCCUAAGGAAAUCUCCGUUCUAUAAGGAUUUGAGUUCACAACAAAGAGCGCUUCUCUCUCCUUUUUUUGACAAAGCUACCUCAAUCAACAGUGCUUGGAAAGCUCCUGCUGUGAUUGGUCAUCACAUAUUAUCUGCAGAGACCUUUGAAGAUCUGCUACAUAACAGGGCUUUAGAGGGAGAUCUUAUAAAUUACUGGCAAUACCAACUGAAAAAAGCAUAUCAUAAUGAGCAACCAGUGAAUGGACAGAGAAAGUACAUUCCAGUACUCCACAUUGAUCCAACAGGCUGGUUUUAUUUAAGUGACCCAGUACAUCAAGUAGCAGCAAACACUGCUGUAUUCUUACCCAUCAGGAAUAUGGAGGAAGGAACCAGGAAGAUUAUUAUUCCAAUGUCACACCAAAACGUGCAUUGGACGCUUCUUGUGUAUGAAUGCGAGAAAGGCGAAUUCUUCCACUACAACACUUGGGAAGCUGUAUCCAAAAAGUGUCUCGAUAAUGCUAAUCUUAUGGCAGAAUACUGCUUGUUAGCAAUUAAUGAACGCUUGUCGAGCCUGCGCCUUCCACUUAAAGUUGCAAAGGAGGAAGUAAUUGAUGGAGUGCGAAUGAGCUUGGGAGACCCAGAAGAACUAAAGGACAAAAUACAUAAGAAGAGGAUCUCUUUAGCAUGCAAAAUACUCUCAGCAACAUCUCCUCCUGAGGAGAGCUGGAAUAUUCAUGCUCCAAAAGGUUUUUAA